UUUUGUGGUCCAGCUUUAUAAAUGAGCGAUUUCGCAGAUGUAUUCGAUAUGAGUAUACUCCCGUAAUCGAUUAUGGAACGUUGUAAUUUUUAUUUUAGUGUUUCUUGUUGAUGACUGGUGGUAGGCGUGUGACGGAAGUAUGUGUUGUAAGGUAAAAUAUAUGAAAGGAAAUUAAUGUCAGUACUUAUGUAUUUUACGUAGUACUAUGAGAAGAUGUAUAUGAUGUAAAGAUAAAUGUGUGAAUGGUCAAAUUGGUUUCCCAGUGUAAUGUUUUCGUCUGUUCUACUACUUGGUUGUUCAGAUUUGUGUGGGUUGGGAGUAGUGUAAUGGAUGAUGAUGGCAGACAAAUCUGAAGAUGGCAGUGAUGAAGAUGAAGUUCAUGAAGUGGAUGAUGAUGAAAAUCCGGAAGAGCAGCAUAGUUCAACCAGUGAAACUGAUGAAUACAAGAAAGCCAGUUCUGCCAGUGAAUCGUCUUCAGAGCAAGAAUCUUGUCGAGUCAUUACUAGGUCAUUUACUUGUCAGAAAAGACAGGUUAAGAUAAAGUGUGAUACACCUCGACGAAAAUGUCAUCGCUGUGGUAAAGCCCUCUCUACAGACUUUUGUCUUUGUGUAUACAAAAUCCCAUUUCAAUGUGAACGGUGUAAUUUAACAUUUGCAGGUCUUCCAGAGUUUCAGGCACACAUGCGAUCUGUCCAUACGCGUAAUCGUAACAAUACUGGCACCAACAAUGACAUUCCUCCCCAGAGUGUUACCAAAGAAAAGAGUCAACCAAGUGCACUUUUUCAGUAUAAUAAUACAGAACCUAGGUUUGAAUCAGAGGUUCUGAGAACAGAGCAAUUGCAGGAAGUGCAUACAUGCCAGUCAUGUAAAGAAACAUUUAAUACAAAACUUGGCCUUAUGGCACAUAGUUUAAAUCACAUUGAACGCGAAGAAACGAACAUAUACAAGUGCAAGCACUGUAAUCGUGAGUUUACAUCGACAGUUCGGUUGUCUAUUCAUGUGACACGAAUGCACACUGAGGAGAAAAAAUUUGUGUGUGAUGUAUGCAACAAGGGUUUCAGGUGGUACACUCAGGAAUCCGUAGUUACAUGUGUGAUGUAUGUGGGAAAGCAUUUGUGCACAAGCACACACUUGCGAGUCACAAACGUAUCCAUAGUGGAGAGAAGCGUUAUAGAUGUACCAUCUGCGAACGAGCAUUUACACAGAUGUCAACUAUGCUCCAGCACCGUAACACACACACUGGGGAGAAGUCAUAUCGCUGUAUCUGUGGGAAGGCCUUCACGCAGCAGUCCAGUCUUGCACGUCACAAGAGGUUACAUGAAGGAGGAGUUGAAUCAUUUCCAUGCCAUCUUUGUGAGAAGAAAUUUGCAUACAAGAGCACUUUAUACAAGCAUAAGCGUCGAACUCAUGGUAUUGAUAACCCUCACGUCUGUUACAGUACUCCAUAUAGUGACACACAAUUCUAAGAGUGAAGUGUCUGCUGUUUAGUAAGUGAAUGGAGCAUCCUAUUAAUGUUGAAUUUUUACAGUACUUCACAUCCAGCAAGAAUGUUUAUGUAAUAGGUUUCAUAUCAAAAUAUUUUAAUUUUCUUCAUUUAUAAAAGCAUAAAGGAGUCUGGCACAUGUGAUGAUGAACUUACGAUUGCAUUCCUUGAUGCAGGGUUAGUUCUCACUACCAUGCCAGCUUUCUGUACCUCAGUAUGGGUUAUUUCCUCAGGGAUAGAGAAUGCUGACCAUUCAGUUGUAAGGCUGGUUAAUAAUAUUUGGAGUCUCUGUCCUUCAGUGUGCUCAGGGUUAGGUGAAGUGUGAAAGAAGGGUGGAAAGUUUCACAAUUUUUACUUGCACGUUUGUAUUUUAAAAUGUGAUAUCAGAAUAAUGACUGUAAUUACAGACAACUCAGUAAACUGAA